AUGGCUGCUGCCGAUCCAGCACAGGCUUUUGAGGAUGAAGCUUCUUGCUCUGUCUGCCUGAACUAUUUUGAGGAUCCAGUUACUCUGGACUGUGGGGACAAUUUCUGCAGAGCCUGCAUCACCCAGUGCUGGGAGGGGUUUGAUGCAGACGUUUCCUGCCCUCAAUGCAGAGAGAGCUUUCCCCAGAAGAAUUUCAGACCGAACAGACAGCUGGGAAAUCUCCUGGAGUUGCUCCAAAACUUCAGGGGAGAGAUAGAGCCGGAGCAGAGAGCAGACAAGGUUUGCCAAAAGCACCAGGAGCCUCUGAAGCUCUUCUGUGAAGAUGACCAAACCCUCAUGUGUCUGGUUUGUGUUGGAUCUGCACAUGAGGAUCACUCUGUGGUGCCUAUGGAGGAGGCUGCCCAGGAAUACAAGGAGCAAAUCUGGAGGCACCUGGAUGUUUUGGAGGAGGAAAAAGAAGAGAUUCUAGCUCUUAUAGCCCAAGAGGAUGAGCAAAGCCAGGAACUGCUGAAGCAAACAGAGAUUGAGAAAGAGAAGAUGCAAUUUCAAUUUGAGCGACUGCACCGGUUCUUGGAAAAACAAGAGUGUCUCUUUCUGGCUUGGUUGGAAGAGCUGGAGAGAGACAUAGAGACCAGGAAGGAUGAAAGUAUCACACAGCUCUCAGAGAAGCUUUCCUGUCUUGAUGCUCUGCUCAGAGAACUGGAGGAGAAAUGUGAGGAGCCAACAAUGGGAUUUCUGGAGGAUGCCAGAAGCACCUUGAACAGAUGUGAGACAGAGAGAGCCUGGCCCCCAGCACUUUCUUGUCCUGAAACAAACUGGAGGAUUUGGUUAUUUUCUCAAAAUAUUACUUUUCUACAGGAGGCUCUGGAGAAACUGCAAGUGUGCUUAUUGCCUGACCCAAAGGUGGACAGAGUGAGCGUGACUCUGGAUCCCGACACAGCGUUUUCUUGGCUCCGUCUGUCUCCAGAUCGAACAAGUGUAAACUGGGGAGUCACACAGCAGGAGGUGCCUGACAGCCCUGAGAGAUUUGAUGCUGCGCCUUGCGUGCUGGGCUGCGAAGGCUUCACUUCGGGGAGACACUAUUGGGAGGUGGAAGUUGGGGAAGAGGCAGUCUGGGUUCUGGGAGUAGCAAAGGAAUCUGUGAAGAAAAAAGGGGGGAGCAGGACUGCAGCCAAGCAGGGCAUCUGGGCUGUGCGGAAAUACUGGGAGAAAUACCAGGCUCUCACUUCUCCUGAAACCACCCUGCACGUGCGUGGGAUUCCCACAAGGAUUCGGAUUUAUUUGGACUAUGAAAGGGGAUUGGUGGCGUUUUACGAUGCUGGUAACAAAGCCCCGAUCUUCACUUUUCCACCAGGAUCUUUCACCGGGGAGACAAUCCGACCUUUCUUUGAACUCUUGAGUACAAACUCCCGAGUAAUAUUGUCACCCUAAGGGACAGGAUAAGCCAUCUUCCCGAUCGGCGGUCAGCCUUAGCCCUUUAGACUCUCACUCUUCAGAGGGAGGAGGAGGAGGUGGAAGAAAGAGCUUCACAGCUCCAGAUUUUCUCCAGCCUGUUUGUCUCUUUGGACUCUUCCCUUUGUUCCAGUUGCUCAACUAUAUUAAAAGAAGCUAAAACUGCA